UUUAUAUAGAGAGAGAGAGACAGAAUUGACAGAGUAAACAAAACUUCAAAUUCAAUUUUCCGAUGGACUUUAUCCGAUUGCUGCCGGAGGGUUGUGUUUCUGAUAUCCUCUCCUUCACUUCUCCGAAGGAUGCUGCGAUUUCCUCUGCAAUUUCCCGAGGAUUCAACUCCGCUGCUGAAUCGGACCUUCUCUGGGAAAAGUUUUUGCCGGAGGAUUACGAAGAUAUUAGCUCGAGAUAUGUCUCUCAACGGAUUUGUUCGUCGAAAAAAGAGCUUUACUUUAGUCUCUGUGACUCCCCUGUUCUAAUGGAUGGAGGCAGAUUGAGCUUUUCACUUGAUAAGAAAACAGGCAAAAAGUGUUUUAUGAUAUCAGCAAGAGAACUUGUUAUUUCAUGGGGAGUUGAUACACCAUGGUAUUGGGAAUGGACUUCUCACCCCGACUCCAGAUUUCCAGAAGUGGCUCAUCUCCACACUGUAUGUUGGCUUGACAUACGAGGCACGAUUGGAACACAAAUGUUGUCAAAAAGAACCAAAUAUGUUGUUUAUUUAGUGUUCAAAUUGGCAGAGGAACAUCAUGGACUAGAAAUUGCUUAUGCAUAUGUUAGGUUUGUGAAUCGUGUGAGCGACGAAGAAGCAGAUGAAGGAGCUAGCACCCUGAGUUUAGUCGGAGAAAAUGUUAGGAGACCUUACGUGAAAUGUCCACAAAAAAGAGUCGAUGGAUGGAUGGAAAUAGAACUGGGAAAUUUUAUCAAUGACAUAGGAGAUGAUGAAGAUGUUCAAGCGCGAUUGAUGGAGAUUAAGCAUCUUCAUGGAAAAGGUGGUCUUAUUGUUCAAGGAAUUGAAUUUAGACCAGAAUGAGUAAAAUAUUGAACAAUCCUAUAAUAUGUAACUUAUGUUAUGUUCUUGAUUUAAACUAGGGUGUGCAUUUGGUUUUUC